UAAUUUCUCUCACAAGUAUGGAAACGGAUUUGACAUCGAACACAAACGUCUCAAAUACGAUAAUUUUUGUUAAUUUUUUAGAAUAAAAAGAUUUAGCUGAAAAAGCUUUAGCUGCUUCUCAACUCUAGGUUCGUUUGUUUGAUUCAACGAUGAGUCUUGUGGCGUACGGAAGUAGUGACGAAAGUAGUGACGACGAGGUUAAUCCUGAAGCGAAAGGUUCACAAAAGAAUGUUGAAGAUGAACUACAAAACAAAUCUUCAAACGUAACUGUAGACUUUAGCAAAAGUUUCAACACUCUUAUGAACUUGCCGGCACCGAAGAAUCCACAAAUUCCAUCAGAAAACCAUUCGAAUGGUAACGCCGAAGUUACCAGUGGUACAUUAGGUUUUGGUGCUUUACCGAAACCUAAAAAUUUUCAAAAUGAAUACCAAAACGUUCCUGAAGAUGAUGACAUCCCUCUGUUCAAGCCCAAACAAACCGUCGUUGAAGUACCAAUGAAAAAAGACAGAACUCCUGCAAGGAUUUCUAUUCCUUCAUUGUCAGAGUUCAAAGACGUCGACGAGGAUCUAGAGAACAGUAAACAUCGACCUAUAGCCUCAAAAAAGGGUACUGGACUGUUUUCAAUUCUUCCUCCACCAAAGAGUGAAGUAACAAUAAAGAAGAACAAUCUUAUUCCACACGUGCUCACAAAAGCUGGAAUCAAUGCAGGGCCCAAAACAACAGUAUCAAAAGUUCCUGUCUCAAAACCAGAAAAGCCCAGGGAGAUCAAAAUAGCUGAAAAACAAGUUCCUAGGCUAUUGACAACGAUGGAUUACGACUCGAAUUCCGAGGACGAGGAAGAAACUCAUCAAGACUUCUUUUCACUCUCAAAACCGGUUAAUUCACCAGAGAUUCCAGUUCUGCCAAAAACGACCAUUUUGAUGAGCACUGUAAAAAACAAUCUGAAAAAUCCAUCGACAGUCAAUAACCACGAAACAGGGUUUCAAAGCACAGUCGAAAAUUUGGACACAAGUAAAUCUGUUACUACGCCGGAGAGCGAUCAAGGACAAAAUUCUACUCUGAUUAGUACUGUCAUGAAUUUACCACGAGAGGAAAUUUUACUAAAAAACAAAGCAGAAGUUGGCCCCAAAUUACCAGUUCCAGAGCAGGAAUUCAACGUCGAUGCGGAGGGCAACGUUGCCUUUGACGAGAAGGCGAUUGAAUAUCUUUGUGGCAAGCGCGGAGUGAAAAGAAAGAACAAGAUGAUAGAGGAGGCUAACAUCAUUGAGAUCAACGGUGAAGACAUAAAACCAGAUGAAAGAGAAUGGUUGGUUAAAGCAAUGACAGAGGAACCUGUUCAGAGGCCUGUGUCGAUGCAGGGAGCUGGACCCAGCAGUCAAUCCAAGAAAAAACAUCAAAUCACUUACCUCGCGCAUCAAGCCAAAGCCAUGGAAGUCGAGCUCAAAAAUACAUGGUCCCAGAACCGUAUGGCCAGAAAACAAACACAAUCCAAAUAUGGAUUUUAAUUGGAUCUUUCCUUAAGGCCCAAAAAGCAUUGGAUUUUUGCUUAUUACUAAAUUCUUCAUAUACAAAACUGUUGUAAAUAUUAUUUGUUUUUUUGCAGAAAAAAUAUUUUCUUUAUUAUGAACGAAAUAUUUCGUUUUGUACUCCCAGGAUUAAUUUUUUUUGACAAGAACUCGUACUGAAACUCAUCAUGCCAACUGCAUAGGAGAAUAAUGCAAUUAUAUGAACGAUGUGAAGAAAUUUCCUGCCGAUGUGUAGAAGAAAAUUUUUUUAUCAUUUUGUCGUUUGCCACUGCACAGUAGCCCACAAAUGUACAAAAAUACAUUUAUUUCUUCAAUUAAGAUUGUACAUAGUGAAAAAUAUAUAUUUUAUGGAAACCCUAA